AUGCAUAGAGCUUGCGGUAAAUCUGAUACUACUUUACAACCUAGUAAAAAUACGGAAAUUCUUUAUGAAUUCAAAGGUUUCCAAUAUUUUUCAAAUGGUAAACACAACCACCGUAUCAAUUCUAUAUCUAAAAUUAAUAAUCCUGAUUGUAACAAAAUAAAUAUUAGUAAAUUUUUAAAUAAAAAUAUGAGAAUUUUUAGGUUAUUGAGAUCAUAUUGUAAAAAAUUUCAAACAAAUAAUAUUGAAAAUUCAGUUUCACUUUUACCUUAUUCUAAUUUUAGUUCACCAGAAUUUUUAGAUUCUAUACCAAAAGUACUCGAUCCAAAUGCGUUUAUAAAUGUAAAACAAUUACAAUUAAUUGCCUUAUUAUCUGAAAGAAUGAAAUGUGACCCUCAUAAUUACAAGGAUUUAGUAUUAUUUGAUCAAUGGAAAAACAGACCUUCAAAUAAUAAUAAAUGUAUAUUUAAAUUUAGAUAUGGAAAUUUGCUAAGUGAUAUAGAACAAAGAGGAUCUUCUAGGCAUAUAAUGCUCUUUUCCAAAAAAAAAAUAAAUGAAAUAGAUUUUGAAAACUCACAUUUUACAUAUUGUAAUGAUGGCAACAUCUUUUAUGCAAUAAAAGAAUUCAAGAAUAAAAAUCCAGAGAAAUCUUUUGAAAGCUAUCGUAGAGGUAUUAUAUCUGAAUUUAUUAUUGGAAAUUGCUUUUUUGGAAAAUGUGCCAACAUUGUUAAUAUUUUUGAUAUAAUGGAGGUAAAUGAUUCCAGAUAUGUACAGGUUAUGGAAUUAUGUCCUUCAGGUGAUCUUUAUGAAUACGUUAAAACUUAUACUAAAAUAAAUAAAAAGAUCCACGUCAUUGAAGCAGAUUGUUUUAUGAAACAACUUUUAAAUGGCGUUUCCUAUAUGCAUACACAUGGAAUUGCACAUUGUGACAUUAAAUUGGAGAAUAUUCUUUUUUACCCAAACGGUUUAUUGAAAUUGUGUGAUUUUGGGAAUAGUACAGUAUUUCAAACGGCAUGGGAAUCUAAUGUUCAUGAAGAAAAAACUAUUCUUGGAACACAACCAUAUUUGGCUCCAGAAGAAUUCAAGAAAAAACCUUAUGAUCCAAGAAUUUCUGACUGUUGGAGUUGUGGGAUGGUAUAUAUAACGAUGAUUUUAGGUCAUUAUAUAUGGAGAAAAGCAUCACUUUCUGAAGAUUUAUCUUUUAAAAAAUUUCAUAAUGAAAUGGAAAGAACUGGAAUGUUCCAUAUUUUUGAAGAGUUAACUCAUAUAUAUCCAAUUAAAGAGUUAACUCGUAAGGAAGCUCUUUAUAGAAUAUUUGAUCAAAAUCCAACAAGUCGAAUUACUGUUCUUCAAUUAAUAAAUACUUCGUGGGUAAAAGGAAUUAAUUGUUGCCAAGAUUAA